UGGGUGCAAGCCCAUUAUCAGCCUCGACAUUCCGCUCUCCGGGUGCUGCGUGUACACGCCGGUGAAUUUCGGGCCGGCUUUCGAGAUGGAUUUGGAGAGGCUCAAGUGCGGCUCCUACUCGGGAUUCUAUAGCUUCAAUGGCAAGGAAUCAGACGCUGAGAGCUGGAAAUAUGGGAUUGCUCUCAAGUACAAGUUUGCGAUUGACAAUGUUUAUCCGAGCUGGUGCUCCAGCUGUGAGCAGAGCGGCGGCGUUUGUGGGUAUUCCGGCGCUGUUGAUUCCUUUAUAUGUAACUGUCCUCCCGGAUUCAACACCACCACCAAUUGCUUCUUUGGAGGCUCUUAUGGUCAUUCUUCUAAGCUUCUUCCAAACCAACAAUGGAUUUGGGUGAUUAUUUUCUCUGGCUGGCUAUUGGUUUGGAUCUUCUAGACUGGAAAGGAAAAGUUGGUGGGAAGUUCUCUGUGUUUCAAAAUAAGAAUUUGGUGUGUAAUGCUCUUAGAACUUUUAAGCAUUUUUAUUUGAUUAUUUUAUUUGAUGGCACACAAAAAAAGAAGCUCAUGGGAUCAGAUUCUGUGUUUUUUUUUUUUUAAGUUGAUGAUGAUAAUGCUUAAAAUCCACUACGCUGGGAAUGGGAAUCGUUUCAUUUUCUCA